AUGACGAAGUUUACCUAUAACGCACAUACGCUUGCAUCGAAAGCGGCCGUUGAAGAUCGAGGAACAUGCGACAAUACAACUGUUUGUAAGCUAAUACGUCAGCGAGGAGCUACACCAGCUGCAGGCAACCGUGAACUACGCCAUAGCUCGCGAAGCUUUGCAGAGAAGCGAUACUUCGACGAAAGAAGAGCCUCAAUAUUGGCCGAAGCAGAAGAGGCGGGUAAGAACAUUCGCUACGCCCGUCACAACUUCGCCAAUCCUAAAAUAAAAGUGACUGCUCUCCCAGAUGGAACAAACACAGCUUCGAGAAGAAGGAUUCAAAAGGUCAUACACGACUUCUACUCAGAUCUCCUUGACAGCCACGUCCGCUUGCCUCCUCACCAUGUGAUGGAUGGUGGAUAUGUUAUUCCAGAAGUGAUCCGUUCUGAAGUCCGCCAUCAUGUCGCGAGGGUACAAGAUGCUGGUCUCACCACCAUCGACUUGAAGAAAGCCUACGAUUCAGUAGGUACUGAAGCGGUCAUGGAAGCCUUGGAAAACCAAGGGGUCCCUACUCCAAACAAAAAGAUACUUUAUAACAUCGUUCUGAUAACAUCAAGCACUAAUCAGCCGGAACCAAUGCUGACCGAAUUCCACGAAACAUGCAACAUGUGGAUGCAAUCUUCAGCUGAACGUAGACAAGACGAUAUUCAUGAGGAACGGAUGGGCUUUUGA